CAAUGUUUGUUGACAUAAAAUUUGGCGCGAUUUAAUUAGUUAUUUUAUUUUAGAAGUUUUACUUUAUUUAAGUUUAUAUACUAGUAUUUGCUAUGGGAGAGGUGCAACAAUUGCGUGCAGAAAUUACCUCAACGUUUAAACUAAAUGGUUUCACCUUACGUCGAGAUGCAGGAACAUUUUUGGCUGAAGAGCUGUUACUUUUGCCACCGUCAGAACGUAAUCCAAUUCUCGAGAAGCUGUCAGCCCACUUACUUCACCAGUGUAUAUCCCAGCCUAUAUUAGAGAAGGAGCAGAUAGAAAUAGCGUUCAAAGAGUGUUCGACAGCUGGACUGGAGGAACACGAAACUGUUCUAAAUAUAAUAGAUGCAUUCACGGUGCCGAAGCUAUGUUACGACUAUGAACUCAAGAAAUUCGUAAAAGACAUCACUAAUGAGAAAUGUUUACUACCGGAUCCCCGAUGGAAGUCCCGCUUCAUGAUAGACAGGUACACGGUGAUAUGGCAGAGAACACUCAGGAACAAACUGUUCACAUUAGACAAAGUGCACUCUUCAGAGAGUGAGAAACGAUUUCAGCUGCGCAGAGUAGAGUUUUUACUGAGUUGUUCCAGCAGAGUGAAUGAUGUAGUGGUGCUGGGGCUGCUGACUCAGGUUAUUGAGAGACAGUAUCAUCUGGAAGACCCCACAGGCUCAGUGUUACUUGAUAUAUCCAACGUGAGGUACCACUCUGGCUUGUUCACAGAAGGCAGCUAUGUGUUAGCCGAGGGUUACUUUGAAGACAAGACACUACAUGUGACUGGUCUCGUGCAGCCCCCAGUGGAGAGUAGAGAAGAGUCAGCCCCAUAUUUUGGUAACCUGAAUACCUUUGGAGGAAAGUCAAGGACUUCCCUCAAGAACUCUAAAGCUCUCUUGAAAAUAGAGAAUGACAACAGAGAUGGAGUGAUAGUGUUUGUGUCCGAUGUUUGGUUGGACAGUCCCAAGGUGAUGGACAGACUGAAGAAACUGUUUGCUGGCUUCGAUGACUAUCCUCCAAUAGCCAUAGUACUCAUUGGUGAAUUUCUAUCUUGUCCAUACACUUAUAAGUUCCAUAUGCAUCUGAAGAAUGGAUUAAACACAUUAGCAGACAUGAUAUGUCAGUUUAGGAAUUUACGUGAUUAUUGCAAGUUUGUGUUUGUGCCGGGGAAGUCGGAUCCUGCUGCAGCAAAUGUGUUACCGAGACCGCCGCUACCAGACUACUUAACAGACACAAUACAGAGGAAACUCGGUGACAGUGCAAUAUUUACAACCAACCCGUGUCGGAUACAAUAUUGUACGCAAGAGAUUGUUGUAUUCAGACAGGAUUUGGUGAUGAAGUUGUGUAGGAAUACAUUACAUUUUCCGGAUAGUGGUGAUAUACCGGAUCAUUUGACAAAAACUUUGCUAAGUCAGUGUUGUUUGACUCCAAUGUCAUUGGGUGUGCAGCCCGUGUUCUGGAGACAUGCUAGUGCAUUAAACCUCUAUCCCUUACCGGACCUAGUGGUAGUAGCUGAUCAUUUCCAACCUUUUGUGAGGAAUUACAAAGAGUGUCAAGUUAUCAAUCCUGGUUCGUUCCCUCGUACGGAGUUUACUUUUAAUGUUUACGUUCCUGCUUCUAGGACAGUUGAAGAGUCACAGAUACCUAAUGAUGAUGAUGAUAUUUCAUGAAAUAUUUUUGUGAUUUUCUUACAUGUAUUUUUAUGUCAAUGAUGAAGUCAGUUGUGGACAGAUUUUAUUUGAUGCAAUGUAAUGUAGUUAAAUGUGUUUGAAUACUAAAUUUUUGCACAAUAAUGUGAUACAAUAACUUAAGUGUUCAUUUUGGAUGUUCUUUUGUUUAGAAAUGAAUUUGGUGUUAAUUUCAGCUUAUAAAACACUGUCAGAUAUGUUUGUACCUACCUAAUAUAAUGUAAUAAUGUGAUUAAAGUUUUUUAUCAGUUAAUGUAUGUAAAGUAUUUGUGAUUGCAACUGAAAUGUGUACUGGAAUAAACAUUUUUUGUCAUUCCCACAUUGAA